AUGGAGGCUGUAACUUGGAGCGAAGUUUCGUACAGGCAGGCGCCGCUGCCGAAGCUCAGGAUCGCGCAAGAGUGUCCUAGAAGAGACUCUCUGAGCUCAUCGAGAACCCAGGACUCGGGAUACAUUAGUGACCCAGACAUCUCAUUGUCUCCACUUGAUUUUGUUAGCCCGCAUAUACCUCAUACAUCGUCUGACUUCACCUAUGACUCGUCAGCACUGUUCGAUGUGAAGGAAGUCGCAUUAUCCAGGACGAAACGGUUGGCUGUCACGACAUUAAACCCUAUUCAAGCAAAGAAGCACAAGACGACCCAGGAAAUUGCUUCAACCCCCAGGAUCGAAUUCACGAGUAAUCCGACGCUUAUCGAGACUCCAGCAGACGUGACCCGUAACUACUGUACAGCAGGAUUCAAGCAGUCAACUAAAGAGUCUUCGCGCAACGAAAACAUCGAGAUUUGGGUGAAGGACAACCUCCAUCCACACGAUCGGCCAAAGGAAAGGAAUCUUUCGAUUGCAUCAUUGGACUCUACUGGAAGCUGCGACAUGUAUUCCAACACUGAUGACAAUAGCGAUGACGAGCACGGCAACAGUGCCGCAUCUAGCACGCUACCGAAGGCAACACUGAAAACGAUCGAACUCAUCAUGAGGAAGAUCGAAGUCAACCUCGGCUAUGCUGCAUGCAUGCAGUGCGCCGGGGGUCACACAUCUCGAACGCAAGGCGGUGCCAACGUUUCGCGUGGCAGCCGUUCUUCUCAAGCAUCCAACGGCAAGCGCAAAGCACGUUCGGACGAAAGUCUUCCACCCGAUGACCCUGACGAGGACGAUGCCAAAAGGCGUCGAGUGUCAGUUACCACCACCACCGAGGACUCAGAGACCGGACCCCGCUUUGCGUUGACUCGCCUACCGAAGAAUCGCGCCGUUUCCGCCGCGAAUUACUUGAACGUGUGCGGCAAGAGCUCUUCGCAACAGCUGAACGGGAGCCUGGGCCAGUCGAGCAAAGACUACUGCGUCAAGUAG